UUCAUCUCCCACAUCAUAUCUCUCUCUUCUUUCUCCUUUCUGUACAAGAGAUAGAGAGAAUGACGAAAAUCUCUGUAGGAUUGCAACUUGUGACAACAGAUUCUAAAGAAAAUCUAAACAACAUAGUCAUCAAAUCUUCACUGAGACCAAACCGGUCCAUUCCAAACAUCUCGGAGCUUUGCUUCCUCAAAACAUGCCAUCUCUGUUUGAAACAGCUCCGUCACGACAAAGAUGUUUACAUGUACAGAGGAGACUUGGGAUUUUGUAGCAGAGAGUGUAGAGAAAGUCAGAUUUUGAUGGAUGAGAAAAAAGAACUAGAAGCCUCCACGAAGAUGAUGCUUGCUUCUUACAGACGUUGUAACUCCGGCGCAGGAAAAAUUGGGCAUCGUAAAUUGGUGGAUGAUCUCCGGCGGCCAUGCCGACUAUUUAUAGUCCCUUAAAAUAAUCAUCGAUUUCACUAAUCAGUUUUUUCAGAAAAAAACAAACUUCUUUAAUUAGUAAAUUAUCAUUUUUUGUUUAAACAAUAUAUUAAUACAUUUCUAGAUAUAAAGAAAAAUAUAUAUAUGUUAAUUAAUUUUUAUUUCCAACGGCAAAUGUUAACUGGGUGAUUUAUAUAUAUGGUGUGAUCAAUGAUCAUAGGUGGUAUGACAACUUAUUUAUAUAUUAAUUAAGUUGUAUCUCCAUUUUCAAAGGAUGGUUUAUGUAUGGUGAUCUUAGGUGGGAUGACACCUUAUAGAUAUAUGUUAAUUAAGUUGUAUCUCCAUUGUCAAAUGUUAAUUGGAUGGUUUUUGUUAGGCUUGGGCAUUUUACCCGGACCCGAAGACCCGAUCCGAAACCGACCCGAAAAAAUCCGGUCCGGGUAAAAACCGACCCGAUCAAAUUACUCUAUCGGGUCUUGUUGUAGAGGACCCGCGGGUCUUAGAUCUGACCCGAUCCGAACCCGAAACCCGACGGGUACCCGAAUUAAUAAUGUAAAGUAAAUAAAAUGAAUUGA